AUGAAGUCCAUUUUAGGACUUCUGCCCCUCCUGUGUCUCCUUUGGGCCUCUGCAUCGCGCAGCAGCGCAGCAGCAGCGCAGCAGCAGCAGCAGCAGCAGCAGCAGCAGCAGCAGCAGCAGCAGCAGUCUUUCCUGCAGGCCAGGCGCGAGCGGCCCAGGGGCCCCCAGAGGCCCCCCACGAGGCCCCUCGAGCCCCACCAGCUCUUCCAGAGGCCCCAAAGAAGGGUAGGGUGGGGGGGCCCCCUGCAGCAGCAGCAGCAGCAGCAGCAGCAGCAGCAGCGGCGGGGGCAGCAGCGGCAGCCUCCGCGAGUGGUCCAAGUGGCCGCAGGCCCUGCUGCUGCUGCUGCUGCUGCUCCUGCUGCUGCUGCUGCUGCUGGCAGGGGCCGGCAGCUCGGGCGCGCAAGGGCCCCCGAGACCCAAGUGCCCCUGGGGCCCCCGCAGGGGCCCUAUGGGCCCCUCAGGGGGCCCCUCAGGGGCCCCUAUGGGUACCCGGGGGGCCCCCAAGAACCCCUCUGGGGGCCCCCUGAGUACCCCUUGCAGCAGCAGGUUCCUGCUGCUGCUGCUGCUGCUGCUGCGCCCGUUGAGCAGCAGCUGCUGCCAUCUGAGCCGGAGGGCCCUGCGCGCGCGCAGCCAGCAGCAGCAGGAGCAGCAGCAGCAGCGCCUUUUGCUGCUGCUCCUGCUGCUGCUCCUGCUGCAGCAGCAGCUGCUGCUGCUGCGUGGCAGACUGAGGCGGUGCUGCAGGAGCUGUCUGCUGCUGCGUCGCAGCUGCUGCGGCAGCCGGGCCGCGAAGCAGAACCCGCAGCAGCAGCAGCAGCAGCAGCAGCAGCAGCAAGCCUGCGGGCGCUGCAGCACUUGGCGCUGCCGGACUUGAGCAGCCCCCCACUUGCUGCAGCAGCAGCAGCAGCGAGCAGCCCCACACUUGCUGCAGCAGCAGCAGCAGCAGCAGCAGCUCUGACUUUUGCUGAAGUUUAUUCUGUCCCCGAGAAGCAGCUGCUGCUGCGGAAAGUACCCUUUUAUAACCGGGGGCCCCUCCACCAGGGGCCCCUUGCUGCAGCAUUUGAGUUGGAGGCUGGGGGGGCCCCCCUGAGUACCCUUUAUGGGGGCCCCCUGCAGCUGCGGCUGCCCUUUGGGCCGCUGCUGCUGCUGCAGCGCAGCAGCAGCAGCACGGAGGAGCCCCCCGGGCUUCCUGCUGCAGUGCUGGCAGCAGCAGCAGCAGCAGAGCAGCACACGCAGCGGGCGCUGCGGCUGCUGCAGCGGCUGCAGCAGCGCGCAGCAGCAGCAGGCGUCCCUGCUGCAGCAGCAGCAGCAGCUUCCGCGCUGCUGCUGCCGCUUUUUGCUGCUGAAGUCUCCAGAUUUUCCCAACACUUUGCUUGGACUGGACUUUUUGUCUUUUCUCCGCAUGCAACUUUAACUCCUUCUUUUGCAUGCACUUUGCAUGCGCUUUUGGGGCUGCCAGCCCCAAAAAGGCGCCACGCUGCAGCAGCAGCAGCAGCAGCAGCAGCAGCAAAGGCCCGGGGGCCCCUCCUGGGGGCCCCCCUGGCCGGCCAGGGGCCCCCGGGGGCCCUCCCGCUUCCCGAAGAGUCUGAAGAGGGGGCCCCCGGGGCCCCGGAGGGGCCCCUGGGGGCCCCUUUGGGGGCCCCCGGGGCCCCCCGGGGGGCCCCCGGGGCCCCCCGGGGGGCCCCCGGGAGCCCCCGGGGGGCCCUGGGGGCCCCUUUGGGGGCCCCCGGGGGGCCCCCCGUGGUGCUGUCUGCUGCAGCAAGAGAGCAUGCAGCGCUGCGGCUGCUGCAUGCAGUUGCGCAGUUGCAUGCAUUGGGGCUUUCUUUUGGGGCUUUGUCUUUGGAGUCAGCUGUAGUGACAGCUGGGGGGGAAGUUUAUCUUUCGGACUUGGAGGCCACUGCAGCAGCGGGAGACCGAGUGCCUUGCGCAGCAGCAGCAGCAGCAGCAGCAGCAGCAGCAGCAGCAGCAGCAGCAGCGGCGCCGCUGUGCGUCUUCGAGCAGCAGCAGCUGCAGCAGCAAAUCCGCCACGAGUCGCUGCAGCUGGCGUUUCUUCUUUUUCAAGUUUUGACUCAUGGCCAAAUGCCUUUUGGAUUAGAAAGGGAUUUAACUCCCACUGAGGCUUUGCAUGCGCUGCAGCAGCAGCAGCAGCAGCAGCAGCAGCAGCAGCAGCAGCAGCAGCACGUCCUCCAGCAGGAGCAGCAGCAGGAGCAGCAGUCGGAGGAGGAGCAGCAGCAGGAGCAGCAACCGCAGCUGCUGCAGCUGCAGCAGGUGCUGCUGCCGCAGCCGGCGCAACCGCUGCAGCAGCAGCAGGUGCUGCAGCAGCAACAGCAGCUGCAGCUGCUGCAGCAGCAACAGCAGCUGCAGCUGCUGCUGCAGCAGGAGGUGCAGCAGCAGCAGCUGCUGCUGCAGGAGCAGGAACGGGUGGCGGAGCAGCAGCAAGAAGCGCUGCAGCGGCAGCAGCAGCAGCAGCAGCUGCUGCUGCUGCAGCAAGGAGACCUUUGCCAGUUCGCAGGAGUGUCUCCUGAAACUUUUGCUGCUGCACUUAAAACACAAGGCACGGGGGGCCCCCAGGGGGGCCCCUCGGGGGCCCCCACGGGGGCCCCCACGGGGGCCCCCACGGGGGCCCCCACGGGGGCCCCCACGGGGGCCCCCACGGGGGCCCCCACGGGGGGCCCCCCGGGGGGCCCCCCGGGGGGCCCCUGGGUAAAGUGUUUGCUGUCUUUGUUGGGGUGUGGGGCCCCACAGUUGACAGCUGUGGAAGCUGUUCAAGUUUAUUUUCCUGAAGUGAUUUUAUUUAAAUAA